AUUUAAUUGAUAAUUUCAUUGGGAUAUUCACUGUUUAAUUCAAUUAUACCAUUGGUUCACAAUUAUGUCUAAAUUAUCACCGGAUCAGAUCAACGUCCUUUCAGUUCGCGCCUACUAUGAUAAUAAAACAUUUACAAAUACAACUGAAAUGACAAAUUUGUUGAAAUAUGAAAGUCAACAUUUCCGAUGUAAAGUCCAGCUAGAGAUUAGUGAAUGUAUUGCCGACCGAUGUUGGAGUAUUGGCCUCAUACAGGCAUGCGAUCGUAUGUAUCUAGAGAACCGUUACGGACAUAGUGGUAGUUCUUUUUGGGAAUUCCACCCUCUGAAAAGUGGACGACAUAAAAUGGUCAAUGAUAGCGACGGGAGACAGUAUCCUUUCUAUAGUCUAACAAGUAGUAAAUUUGAAAUACGUCGAGGUGUUGUGUCGGAUAGUCUGGUGUCGUUGACCUAUGAGGAUCAUUUCUAUCCAACUGUUGCUUGGGAGUUGCCCUACUAUGGUGGCGCGAAAUUGACAGAUGUGAUAAGGAAACAAGACUUUUGGGUUUGGCUAGUCGCUAUCAAACGUGCUAGUAGUCGUUCAAUCUCAUGUGAUCUCUUCAAUGCAAAACACGAUGAAGUAUACAUUUUGAAGACAAUGCGUUGGCGUUACAGCCUACACAUGACUUUUGAUCCGCACCAACCAAUCGGGAAACGUUUACAAAGAAUUUACGAUGUGCAAGAGGAGCAACCAAUCAUUUUAGAUGGGAACAGAUCUCUUCCCCUUUCAGCUCUAAGUCCACCACACUGUAAUGCUGCUCAAUCGCUUAUCUGGUAUCCGAAUAAUCCUACAGAUCGACCGAAAUUACUUGUCCCACCGAAACAAAUUAUUGUCCCCUGGGAAACAUGGAUUAGUGAUAUGGCACCGGGAAGGAGUUUGAAUGUUAAAAAACCAGAACAAUGUAAGCUUGUCGGGGAAUGGUCCCACGAUACAGAGAUUGGGAUUGACACAACAACAGAUAGUUGUUGUCUGACAAAAGCAGGAUAUGGCAGUGGCAGUAGUCGUGGUUGGAAGACAACAGCACCGAUAGAUCCAGCUGUCACUGGUGCCACAGCUACGAACAACACAGUCUCUACUUCAAGAUCUACGCGUACACCAAGUCGUCCAAGAGGAUAA